AUGUCCUGGGUUGACACUAGAUUCAGUACUACACGCUUCCAGGAUGCAGCAUCUAGCUGGUUGAACUGCGAGAAGGUACUCACCGAGCUUCGGGCGGCCUUCGGCGAUCACGACGUCGCCACAUCGACCCCCAACGGUGCGACGUGCAAGGACUUCCGCUAUGCUGUCGACCAAUGGUCCACGGAUUUUUGGCCGUGCCUUCCUGAGGCACUCGCUCUAGCAUUCAUCGCGAUGCGGGAGAAAGAGCUGAGGUCACUGCGCGAAAUACGUGAGCUGCACGAAGAGCUAGAUCGCGAUUUCGAGCGGCUCAUCUCUAUGCGUCACGACUUCAAGUCUCGCGGGCUCGACGCGCACGAGGGAACGAACGAGUACUGGAACUGCAACCCGUGCCGUUCUCGCGUCGUGCACCUCGCACUCCUAUCGCAGUCCGACCUGGAGCACUACGAUCAGUCUACCGCAGAGGAGCGCGAGGUUUAUUGGGCGGCAACCCCUCUCUUCGGCGAGGUCGAGUGCGGGUACCAGCGUAUCGCGUGCUCGUGGCCGGCGUAUUCGGCGUGA